UCGGGCGGGGCGGCGGCGCGGCGCGGAGGGCGGCCAGGGCGGUGCUCGCGGCGCUUCUGCGGAGGCAGGCGGUGUUCCUCUUCGCGCCGCUGCUCUACGUCGCCGCGAUGCUGCUGUACAUGGGCUCUCUCCCGCUCGACGCCGUGCCGCGGAUCAUCGCGCGCCAGCCGCCCGGGUCGGUGUACCGCAGCCCGCAGCUGUACGCGCGUCUCCGCGCCGACAUGGACGCCGACAACUCCACCGACGCGCUAGCAACUGUAUGGAGGCACACUUACAAAGGUGGCACAUGGCAGCCCUGCAUAAACAAUGGGACAAAUAGUUUACCUGAAUCAAAUGGUUACAUAUAUGUUGAGGCAAAUGGUGGUUUAAAUCAACAAAGGACAUCGAUAUGCAACGCAGUCGCGAUUGCUGGUUUUCUGAAUGCUACACUUGUCAUCCCAAAUUUCCAUUUCCAUAGCAUCUGGAGGGAUCCUAGCAAAUUCAGUGAUAUCUAUGAUAAAGACCACUUUGUACAACGUCUACAAAAUGAUGUUCGAGUAGUUGACAAGAUUCCUGACUUUAUAAUGGAGCGGUUUGGUCACAAUCUCAGCAAUGUUUUCAAUUUCAAGAUAAAGGCUUGGGCACGUAUUCAGUAUUACAAAGAUGUUGUUCUUCCUAAAUUAAUUGAAGAAAGAUUCAUCAGGAUUUCUCCUUUUGCCAAUCGACUCUCAUUUGAUGCACCUCCUGCUGUUCAACGGCUGAGAUGCUUGGCAAAUUUUGAAGCCUUAAAAUUCUCUAAGCCAAUUGUGUCUUUGUCUGAAACCUUAGUUUCUAGAAUGAGAGAGAGAAGUGUUGAAAGCGAUGGAAAAUAUAUUUCAGUGCAUCUUCGUUUUGAGGAGGAUAUGGUUGCUUUCUCAUGUUGUGUUUAUGAUGGUGGUGAUGAGGAGAAGAAGGAAAUGGAUGCAGCCAGAGAAAUAGGUUGGAGGGGGAAGUUUACUAAGAGAGGACGGGUAAUAAGGCCUGGAGUGAUCAGAAUGAAUGGAAAAUGUCCUCUAACACCUUUGGAGGUUGGGUUAAUGCUUCGUGGAAUGGGUUUCAGCAAUAAGACUGCAAUCUUUUUGGCAUCUGGAAAGAUUUACAAAGCAGAGAAGAACAUGGCUCCUCUUCUUGAAAUGUUUCCUCUCCUACAGACAAAAGAGACUCUGGCAUCAGAAGAGGAACUUGCUCCAUUCAAGAAUUUCUCCUCAAGGAUGGCUGCUAUUGACUAUAGUGUUUGUGCCCAAAGUGAAGUUUUUGUGACCACACAAGGUGGAAAUUUUCCACAUUUCCUUGUGGGUCACAGGAGAUACUUGAAUGGUGGACAUUCAAAAACAAUUAAACCAGACAAAAGAAGGCUUGCCGUACUCUUUGAUAACCAACGAAUUGGGUGGAAGUCAUUGAAACGGCACUUGCUUAAUAUGAGAGCACACAGUGAUACUAAAGGGAUUGAAAUGAAAAGACCAAAUGAAUCUAUAUAUACCUUCCCAUGUCCUGACUGCAUGUGCCGCCUGAACAGAACAGAACACUCAAAACCCAAAUACAGUAGAUAGUUAGUACCUCAUAAUCGCAAUUCCAUAGGCUGACCCUAUUAUUUCCGGCAUUCAGUCUAAUUUUACCAUUCUUCAUGUGCUGUGCGGCCCUUCAUUACUUCAUCUGCAAGGCAUUCUUGCCACAGCAUUGGACAGAAGUUUGUUCUCCCGGUGGUCGUUUUUCCUUAUAUAGCAUGUGCCAACGUGGAUACCCCAAGAUUCUGUGGAGUAGUAGAUCAACCAUGAUGCUAACAAUACAUCGACUGACUAUAAACCUCAACAGCAGAUCUAACACCAGUAGGCUACUAUCCAUUGUCAAUGAAGUAUCAUACGGUUUAGGGUAGUGUU